ACAGCAGAGUUCUCGCCUUGAUAACAGGUACACAGAAUUAGGGCAGUAGGCAAAAGACCAGCUCGAAGAAUGUGGUAAGAUGAAGAAGGAACUAGAUGAUGCUAAACUGGCUCUUGUGAAAAAAGAGAGCACAAUUGCUGACUUGAACAAAUGCAUUGAACAGAUGAAACACACUAUUCAAGAGAAAGAGAACGAUUUGAGUUCUAAAGAGAAUGAAAUUCAAGAGUCACGUGGUGAAGAUAACAAGAAAUUAGUAUCAGCGAUGGAGAAUAUUUCUCUGUUGCAAAAACAGAAGCUGGAUAUAAAAACUGAAAGCCAAAAAGCAUUACAGCAAAUCUCUGUUGAAGUAACUGCAAGGUCGAGAGAACUUGAACUUGAAAGACAAGAAGUAACCAAGUUCAAGGAAAGAGUUCUGUAUUUGGAGAAUGUUGUCGAUGGGAAGGAGAAAGAAAAUAAGAGGAGUGAAGAGUCUUAUAGGAUUCUUUAUGACAAGUUGCAAGCGGCAGAGGUGGACAUGGCCAAUAGCAAGAUGGAGUGGAUAAAAGAAAAAGCUGUUUUGGAGGAGAAAGGAAGAUCUUUACAGGGUGCAAUGGAAGUAAUGAAGAAUGAUUUUAAGGCAAUGCAACAUGACUACAAAAAGGCUUGUGAGCUUGCCGAUAUGAAAUCAGCGGAGGCUACUGAUGUGAUUGAUAAAUUGGAAUCCUCGCAGAAGCAAUGGCGAGAGCUUCAACAAAGGCUGAGUAGAACUGAGGCAGCUCUUGGGGAGAAAGAAAACUCUGUAACUUUGGUGAUGCGGGAAAAAGAUGAAUUGUUAAAGGAAAAACAGCGCAAAGAAGACGAAGCUGAAAGAAAAAAACAAGAGCUAGAUCAACUACUUACUGAAAGAGUGGUAGAAAUUGAGAAAUUAAACGAAGUGUUGGAAUCCACAAACUUGAAGUUGGAAACAAUGAAAGUUAAAUGCAUAGAGAAAGAAGACGAGAUCGAAAAAAUGUCUUUAAAGUUGGGAAGUAUUGAGUCACAGUACAAAAAGGUCUAAGAUUCUUUCCAAAUCUCUGAAGAAAGUUUGUCAAACAGCAAAGAAAUACUGAGGAAGAAAGAGAUUCUUUUUCAAGAAAUAUCGGCUAAAUCG